GAUUCUCACACUACCAAAAUCGUUUCAUCAUAUCUCUCUCUGUCUCUCUCUCUCCCCUCGGAGAGGACCUGGUCUAUGGUGACGAGCAUUUGUUCAUCAACCACAUUCGCUCACUUGCCCUACUACUACUGCUGCUGCUGCUACUACUACUACUAUAACCAACUCACAUUUUGUUCGCCGAUACUUGGUCAUGUUUUCCGUUGCUCCCAACAACACCACAUCUCCAAUCUAUCCUCAACUUAUGGAGUUCAUCAGAAUCCCCAUAAACCCUUUCUACGUUAAAGCUCGAGCCUAGUAUUUCAAAGGUUUUGGGAUAGAAAACAGACAAUUAAAAAAUACAUGGGCACUGGCAAACACAGGUGGAAGAAGAUUUCCUUUCACCGGUUUCCAUCCCUCAUCAAAAAGAAACCCCCAACUGAGUUCACUUGCCCACUUUCUGGCUCUCUCAUGGCCGAUCCUGUUAUCGUCUCCUCUGGCCAUACCUUCGAUCGCAAUUGCGUUCAUGCGUGCAAGACUCUUCGAUUCAAACCCAUUCUCUCCGACGGCUCUACCCCCGAUUUCUCCACCCUUAUCCCCAAUCUCGCUCUCAAAUCCACCAUUCUCAACUGGUGCAACUCCUACCUCGUAGACCACCCCAAACCCAUUGAUUCCAUCUCUGCAGAGAAGAUCAUCCGCACUCUAAUGGCCUCUCAAUCCCAAGAAAACAAUGCUGUCAAGUCCGGGUUGACUCGGCCUCCGAGUCAACUCAGUUCGAGUUCGGAGCAAUCGGUGGCCCCCCCAGCCGCAACCUCCGGUCCCACCACUCCCGUCCCUCUCACCGUCCGCCCCUCUUGCUAUUCAUCGUCGUCCUCCUCCGAUAUCGAAACCCUAAUCCCUAAUUUGGCCGAAGAGGACGAUCUUAUCAGUAGGCUAAACAGUUCACAGGUGUUUGAACAAGAGGAGGCUGUGAUGUCACUGCGAAGGAUCUCGAGAACCAGAGAAGACUCCAGGGUUCAACUCUGCUCUCCUCGGUUGCUCUCAGCCCUCCGAUCUCUCAUCGUAUCCAGAUACUCGACCCUUCAGGUGAAUGCCGUAGCUGUUUUGGUGAACCUGUCCUUAGAGAAUCAAAACAAGGUGAAGAUCGUACGGUCGGGGAUAGUCCCACCCUUGAUCGACGUUCUGAAGGGGGGAUUCCCUGAGGCGCAGGAUCACGCUGCCGGUGCACUCUUCAGCCUAGCCCUUGAUGAUCAGAACAAGACCGCCAUCGGAGUGCUCGGCGCGUUGCCACCGCUUCUCCACGCGCUCCGAUCGGACUCAGAGCGAGCCAGGCAAGACUCGGCCCUGGCCUUGUACCACCUCUCAAUCGUUCGGAGUAACCGGUCUAAGAUGGUCAAACUCGGCUCGGUUCAGGCUUUACUGGGUAUGGUGAGAUCGGGUCAUAUGACGGGCCGGGCAAUGUUGAUACUAUGUAAUUUGGCCCUCUGUGGGGAGGGGAGAGCGGCCAUGCUGGAUUCGGGUGCGGUGGAGUGUUUUGUGGGGAUGUUGAGUCGGGACAAGUUUGAAUCCGAGUCAACUCGGGAUAGUUGCGUGGUGGCAUUGUAUGGGUUGAGUCUCGGAGGGUUGAGGUUCAAGGGGCUGGCAAAGGAGGCUGGGGCGGAGGAGGUGUUGAGGAAGGUGGAGCAAGUGGGGAGUGAGCGGGCAAGGGAGAAGGCGGGGCGGAUUUUGGAAACGAUGAAAGGGAGGGAUGGAGAGGAGGAGGUGGAUUGGGAAGAGUUACUCAACUCGGGGGAGGUGAGUCGGACAUUUUAACUCGGCGGUAGUUUGAGCCAUUUUGAAGCUGUUUAAAUUAGUUGGGCUUGUGGUGGGUUUUACAUAAAUGCGUGGUUGGUUUGGCUUAUUUGUUUAAAUUAGUUGUUUUCUCGUUAGGGUUGUUCUUGUCUCAUGUUCACUAAUGACACAAUGGGCUUAUUGUUGGGUAAUGAAGUUUGGUCUCGUGACAAUGUAAAUAUGGAUGAUUUUGGGAGAGUUACCUUUUGAUUAAAGCUUAAAUCGGAUGGUUUGAUUUUCUUUUCUCAAAUAAGAAGAAAUGCUUUGUUUGGAGCUUGCAUA